CUCUAGACUCUAGACUCUAGACUCGAGACUCUAGACUCUACUCUAGACUCUGUCUCUAGUCUCUAGACUUUCCCUCUUCGGCCCCGAACGCACGCACGAUUUACCGCUUACUAUACCUCUCUCUCCAGAGUCCCUCGGCGUUGCAAAUAGUAGUGCAAUAGUUCCCAACGAUCUCGUCUACAGACCAGGGCUUGUCGGAGACUAAGAGAGACACUAGGAGGACUAGGGGAUGCGGACUGGGAUAUUCGUCAUCUAACUCGGAAAUUCGCCGCUCUUCGGCUGGCAAAUGCAAAUGCAACUGCAACUGCAACUGCAACUACAACUGCAACUUCAACUGCAACUGCUACUGCUUUGCUGCGGCGGCGUGGUUGAAAGUAGCAUGACUUAGGGGCUACCUGAGAACCGAUUUCUUCAAAGUUUGGAGGCAUUCAGCAUGCCCUGUAGAGGAAAUAGGGAGUCCUGAUUACUCCGCCCUUCUUGCCCUCUUCUUUCCCCAAUUUUGCCUCGUGGCUACUCGAGUUCUCCCAGUAAAACUGCCUAUCCCCCUUCCCAUAGGCCCGUCGUUGCUGCUCUUGUUAGAUUUUUUUUUCCCUUUCCUUGGUCUUGUCUGCGCCAAUCGUUGUCAUCUGCGGGCGAAUGUGUUCAAUUUAGUCCUCCUAGUCCUCCUAGUCCUCUUUAGUUCUCUUUGAUUGAAUUCUAUCCGCUCUCGCCCUCGUUUUUUUUUCUCCUAAAUCUUAAUAGUCGUGACCCCGGGCCCUCUUUGAAUCUCUUGACAACCCAACGCGCCCCUCAUCCCCAUUUUCUCCCCUCGAGUCUCCACUCUUUAACUCUAUCCAUCAACACAAUCGCGAAAAAGAACUUGAGAGUGCUCCAGUGCACGUUUUGAGCCUCAAUCCGUUCCUAAUAGACGCCCUGUGGUUCUUCGCUGUCGCUCAUUUUCGAUCCACCUUUUACCUUGCUAGACGUGCGUUUAUCGCAUAAACACGUUGUUUUCGCCGUUAUCGCCUCACACACAGCACAAUCUCUUUGUGCUACAACGGCCUUCCCGCAGAAAAUCCUCGCAAAAUCUUCAACGCAGAGAAAACGCGGAAUAGCAUGACGGUUGGGCCGAGUACUUUCUGAUCUUUUACAUCGCUCCAAGCCCAGGCGCGAACACAAGGCGGGGUCAAACAAUUAGUAGACCUCUCUUUUAUUCUGCGACUCAAAGACACGUCCAAGGACUUCUCUUCACGUACAUCGGCGAUAAUCCACGAUCAUGGAUCAAUAUGCCAAUAGUAGUAGUAGCAGCAACAACAACAACAAGUCUUCGAGCAGCAACCUCCCGACCACCUCGUCUUCGAUAUACUCGUCGCUGCCUUCGAUAGCCCCCCAGCAGCUUCAACAAAACGCGUCGCUGCCACCUCAGACGCUUCCGCCGUUGCAGGCACAGCAUGCCGCGUUGUCCAUGCACUCCAUGUAUGGGCAGCCGCUGAGCGCGCCACACACUCCGACCUCGACCCAGCCCAACACACCUGGAUCGACGGGCAAUGGGGGAUUCCAGCAGAUGAGCAGCCAGCCCGCUCCUCGCCAGUACCACCUCCAGCCGAACUCCUCGUACCAGCAGCCCAUUCAGCCAUAUAGCAGCAAUUCGUCGGGCAUGAUGCCUCAGGGCUCGAUGUCCAUGUCUCAUCCGCACCCGCAAGCAAUUGCGCCCGCGCCGGGUCCAACUCAUAACCGUCUGGUGCCAUUGCGUCCUAUGAACCCAUCCACACCAUUGCACGCUCAGCACCCAAUGCAUCAGCAGAUGCAAGGGGGCAUGGGAUCUCCUUACGGGCAACAAGGCCCUCCACAUGAAGAGGUCCCCACACACGUUGUUGGAUCACAAGGUCGCAGAGGCAUCCUUCCCAGUGCUCCCGGACGCCCCACUGUCGCCGCCACGGGCCCAGGCGCGAGCAAGAAUGCCCAAAUCCCGGCCAAGGAUGCCGAUGGAAAGUUCCCUUGCCCUCAUUGUGUGAAGACAUACCUGCACGCGAAACAUCUAAAGCGCCAUCUUCUCAGACACACCGGCGACCGCCCAUAUAUGUGCGUUCUCUGCCGCGAUACGUUUUCCAGGAGCGAUAUCCUCAAGCGCCACUUCCAAAAAUGCUCGAUCCGCCGUGGAAACCCCACCGGGGCCAGCCAUUUGUCCCACGCGCAGUCUCAUUUGAAGAAGAACCAGCCCGCCCACAAAAAUACCCUCCCAGCCACGACUGAAGGAGAUAUGAUGAGAAACAUGAACGUGUUGAACGGUGUCCCCACGGACCCUGGUCUCCACCCAUUCAACCUCAUGGCGGAUGGGCGCAUGCCCGGUGGCCAGGCGAACCCCAACGACGACCAGCUGUCUCAGGGCCAACUCUCCCGGGCCAGCAUCAUCAAGCGAAUCGGCAGCAAUGACGGGCGCGACAGGCGCACCAUGGCCGGUCCUUCGCGCAGCGGCUCCGGCCGCACCAGCUUCGAACAGAACUACAACGGCGAGAUCCCCAGCACCAUGGGCGAAAUCCCCAGCACAAUGGCGUCCAUGAACCCGCAGCUCGCAGCCUACCCCAUCCCCAACGGUCACCACGGCGGUAUCUCCAACGGCCACAGCGGCCAGCAGUACAGCCACCAGGGACCCCCAAGCGGACAGAAUGGUCACCAGUACGGCCACGGCGGUCCUCCUUAUGGACAGCACUAUGAAUACCCGGGUCAGGGUAAUGGCAGCUCCAUGCAGCAGCAACAACAACAGCAGCAGCAACAGCAGCCUGCGAGCGAGGAGAUGGGAUCGAUGGCGAACGGACGUGGCUCCAUGCCUAUAUACGGCAACCUCUCCAACUUAGACUUCAUUUAGACUCUUCUUCUCGUGUAUACCACAAAAGACAAGGAACUUUGGGCAAAGAUUGGGAGGGAUAAAGACUGGGAGGGCAUAUUUUUUGUUAAUGUGUGUCAUCCUGUAGAUUAGCAUUGUUGCUUGCUUGUGUGGUUUUUGUUUUUGGGGGGCUUCGGUGGCUCUUCUGGCUUUGGUUGGUGGGGGUUUAUAGGUAGAGAUGAUUGUUCAUGUCCCUCGAAAUGAUUAGACUAAAAUCCAAAAAUUGUGCAUA